GGUGGGUCUGAGAGUGGGACGAGCUGAGCCAGGGAGCAGUCUGGGCAUUAAUUGUUUUGCUGCUGAGCUGUCAGUUGGGUCUUCUUCUUCCUGCGCCCGCCCUGGUUUUUUCUUUUACACGAUUACUAUUAUUCGUUAUUAGUAUUGUCUGCCCUGUUCCUGGGUGAGCAGUAUUACCCAAGAUGCCCAGGACAGUGGGCAUGUAGCUUCCAGCUAGUGUUGUGUACCCCUCCCCCUCUCUAUCCAAGAUGGCGGUCCAGGAAUCAGCUGCUCAGCUCUCAAUGGCUCUGAAGGUUCAGGAGUACCCAACUUUAAAGGUACCUUACGAGACGCUGAACAAACGCUUCCGGGCGGCACAGAAGAACAUCGAUCGAGAGACGAGCCAUGUCACUAUGGUGGUGGCUGAGCUGGAGAAGACUCUGAGCAGCUGUAACGCUGUAGACUCUGUGGUCAGCCUUCUGGAUGGGGUGGUGGAGAAACUAAGUGUUCUUAAGAGAAAGGCAGUGGAGUCCAUCCAGGCGGAGGAUGAGAGCGCCAAGUUGUGCAAGCGGCGGAUUGAACACCUGAAGGAGCACAGCAGUGACCAGGUGGCGUCUGCCAACAUGUGGAAGAAGAAACGGAUGGACCGUAUGAUGGUGGAACACCUCCUGCGCUGUGGCUACUAUAACACUGCGGUGAAGCUGGCCAGGCAAAGUGGUAUAGAGGAUCUAGUGAAUAUAGAAAUGUUCCUAACCGCAAAGGAAGUUGAGGAAUCCCUGGAAAGACAGGAAACCAUGACCUGCUUAGCAUGGUGUCAUGAUAACAAAUCAAGACUCAGGAAAAUGAAGAGCUGCCUGGAAUUCAGCCUGAGGAUCCAGGAGUUUAUUGAACUCAUUCGACAGAACAAAAGGUUGGACGCUGUUCGACAUGCGAGGAAACACUUCAGUCAGGCUGAAGGAAGCCAGUUGGACGAAGUACGACAAGUGAUGGGGAUGUUGGCCUUUCCCUCAGACACUCACAUCUCUCCGUAUAAGGACCUUUUGGACCCAGCUCGAUGGCGUAUGCUCAUACAGCAGUUCCGAUAUGACAACUAUAGACUACAUCAACUGGGGAAUAACUCUGUGUUUACUAUAACUCUUCAAGCUGGCCUUUCUGCCAUCAAAACACCACAGUGCUACAAAGAAGAUGGGACUUCCAAAAACCCUGACUGUCCAGUGUGCAGCAAGUCCCUGAAUAAACUAGCUCAGCCGCUUCCAAUGGCACACUGUGCCAACUCCAGGCUGGUCUGCAAGAUUUCAGGAGACGUUAUGAAUGAAAACAACCCUCCCAUGAUGCUUCCUAAUGGAUAUGUGUAUGGGUACAAUUCUCUUCUCUCCAUACGCCAAGAGGACAAAGUAAUCUGUCCAAGAACCAAAGAAGUCUUCAACUUCUCCCAAGCCGAGAAGGUCUACAUCAUGUAGACAAUAUCCCCCACGUGCCUCCAAACGCUUCUGACGCCAAUACUGAGGAAUGGCUGUUCAGCAGCAUCACUCGCACAACUGGCAGAUAGGGGCUUCCGCCCGGUUCAGUGGUUGCAUUUAUUGUCUUUUUGCGACCAAAGAUUAUAAACAAGCAACAACAGUACUGACAAAGUUACAUCUUUAAAGUGCAAAAACAAAACAACAACCAACAAUUUGUACUUGAUGAAAAUAAAUCAUUUUGAUUGUAAGCAUUUUUUUUUUUGUAACGUUAGUCGAGAUUGAUGCUUCUAAAGACUUCACAUGUCUAAGAAUUAUUUUACUUUCUAGGCCUUUAUUACUACACGAACAUGCAGCGAGUAGUCCGAAUACAAGGGUCUCAUUAGUUCUGUGUUAGGGAUCAUCAUAUCAGUAUUGCUGCCUUAUACCUAGCUUCCAGAAUGUACUCACACGGUAACAGAUAUUACAGCCCCUCCUGUGUUGGAUCUCUACAGUUCUCCAGGGAGCUAUCUGACUAUUUAAUAUGUUUUAAAAGCUAACCAUGAGCCAUGAGGAAAAGCCACGGUUCUAUUUUAGUAGCGCAAAGAUUCAUCUUCAUAAACACACGAGCAACAACGAACAUUUUAGUCCUUUACAAUCUUUAGAAAACAGUGCUGUAGAAAUUUGUAUUUAGUGCUUAUUUUUGCAUGUCGGUGUUAAUUAGCUAAUAAAAACAUUGUAAAUUUGAAA